CCCAACACCGGGCCCAUUUUCCAGUCUCCUGAGUUCCUGACUACACUACCCUGGCGGCCUGGCCCUGGAUCCGCCUCCCGUCUCUGACCUCCCCACCUCGCCGCCGCCGCCGCCCAUCUCCAUCAGGCCCGGCAUCCAGCAAUGCCCGCCGCCACGCCAUAGCUCACCGCGCGAUGCCCUCGCCCGCGCCCACGGCGCUGCCCCGUCUCCUCGCUGCCAUCUCCGCCGCCGCCUCCUCGCCCACAGACCUCCGCCGCCUCUCCCGCCUCAUCCUCUCCCCCUCCGCGCCUCUGCCCCCCAUCCGGUGCCUCAACACCCUCCUCAUGGCGCUCGCCCGCCAGGGCAUGCUCUCGGACAUGGAGUCGCUCGCCGCCCGCAUGCCCGCCCGCAACCUCCACACCUACACCACCCUCAUCAACGCUUAUUGCCUCGCCGGCGACCUCCCCGCCGCCAAGCGCCACCUGUCCUCCCUCCUGCGCGCCGGCCUCGCGCCGGACUCCCACGCCUACACGUCCUUCGUCCUCGGGUACUGCCGCACGGGGCUGCUCGCGCACGCCUGCCGACUGUUCUUGCUAAUGCCGCUGCGGGGGUGCGCCCGCACCCCGUUCACGUACGCGGCCCUGCUCCAGGGGCUAUGUGGCUCUGGGAUGGUGCGCGAGGCGAUGGCGGUUUUCGCUGGGAUGCGGCCUGAUGGCUGUGCCCCUGAUUCGCACGUCUACAGCACAAUGGUGCACGGGUUAUGUGGGGCAGGACGAGCUGGAGAGGCAGUUGCUCUGCUCACAGAGGCAAUGGAGAAGGGAUUUGUGCCGAAUGUUGCUGUAUACAAUGCUUUGAUCGAUGGCUACUGCAGUACUGGGGACUUGGAGCUCGCAGUUGACGUCUUCAAGGGGAUGCAGAGUAAAGGGUGCUUGCCGAACGUCCGCACUUAUACUGAGCUGAUAUGUGGGUUUUGCAAGUCGGGGAAAGUAGAGAGGGCCAUGGUACUAUACAGUCGGAUGGUUGAAGCAGGUUUAGCUCCAAAUGUGGUGACAUACACAACCUUAAUUCAGGGGCAGUGCAACGAGGGGCACUUGGAACAUGCUUUUAGGCUGCUUCAUUCCAUGGAGGCUAGUGGGCUGCUCCCUAAUGAGUGGACUUGCUUAGUGCUGAUUGAUGCUUUGUGCAAACGUGGGAGAAUUGAGGAAGCUCAGCAGUUUCUUGGGUCUCUUGUUCAGAAGGGAAUUAAGGUGAAUCAGGUUAUCUACACCAGUAUGAUAGAUGCAUUGUGCAAGGCGGGGAACUUUGAUGGUGCUCGUAAUCUGAUGCAGAAAAUGGUCACAGAAGGGUUUGUGCCAGACGCCCACACAUACAGUUCGCUUAUUGAUGGACUAUGCAGGGAAAAUAAGCUGUCGGAAGCAAUAUCGCUGUUGGAUGAUAUGAUUGAGAAUGGAGUACAAGCCAAUGCCGUACCAUUUACCAUUCUAAUUGAUAAGCAUGUCAGGAAGUUUGGGUCUGAUUCCCAAAAAAUGAUAUCUGAUAGGAUGGCUGUGGUAGGUGUUAAGCCUGACGUUGUCACUUAUACAGUAUUUAUACGCUCCUAUUGUCAAGAGGGAAGGAUGGAAGAUGCUGAAUCCAUGAUGGUUCAGAUGAUCGAUCAUGGUGUUCGCCCUAAUUUAGCCACAUAUAACACAUUGAUUAAAGGAUACGCAAAUCUUGGGCUAGUCAGUCAAGCAUUUUCAUCUUUUAAGAACAUGGUUGAUAAUGGAUGCAGGCCAAAUGACGAGUCUUACACAGUUCUCCUUGGACUGCUACUAAAGAAAAAUUCAUACCAUGACUUAGUUGCCAAUUCUAUUAGUGUAUGGAAAAUAGUUGACAUGAAAGUUCUCGAGGAACUUUUGGAGGAGGUGAUUAAGCUUCAGUGCACCUCAGCCAGCUAUAUUUAUGAUUGUCUUAUUAGAUGUUUGUGCAAAGUUGAUAGAUUGGAGGAAGCAAAAAGUUUUCUUGUAGGGAUGCUGAGUGCUAACUUGACCCCAAGUGAGGAUGUAUAUACUUGUAUGAUAGAAUGUUGCUACAGAAUGAAACUGCUAAAAGAAGCUUUAAGGUUUCUUGAUUCAAUGGUGGAAAGAGGCUAUCUACCACGUUUAGAAUCUUAUAGGUUUAUUAUUUGUGCUCUUUGUGAGGAGGGAAGCUUUCAUACUGCUAAAAGCAUUUUUGGUGACAUAUUAUCAAAGGAAUACAACUGUGAUGAGAUUGUUUGGAAGAUCUUGAUUGAUGGCUUAUUACAAAACGGAAACACUGCUGACUGCUCCCGUCUGCUAUCGUUCAUGGAGGAACGGAAUUGCCGUCCUAGUUCUGCAAUAUAUGCUAGGCUUACUGGUGAAAUAACAGUUACAAGUGAAGCUCAGGAAAUUGCUACAUGAAUAUGGACAAACCGAUCAACCUUAGUAUUGGUGUUGAUGGGUCCAUGAAUCAGUACAAGAUGGGCGAAUUGAAAGCAUAAAAGACUUUGGCACUAGCAGUGCCCCUGUACUUGUGAGGAAGGAUGUGGCAACACAAACAGGCCCUGAUAUAAGCAGGUCCUCUUCUCCCAGCAUGAGAUCUUCAUUUUCCUGUUCACUAUCGGUGCAACAAGUCAAAAAGCUGGAGGGUUGUUUCUCUAACCUUGAGAUUAGGGAUGCACAGGUGGAUGAUCGGGUGACUCUGGCUAGGUGGUCCAAGGCCCGAGGUUCUGCAAAAGGCAACAGAUAUUAUAGUGGAAGAAAAAAAACUAUGGAAUCUAAAUCUUCUGAGUGUUACGCGUAUAUCAAAAAGGAUUGAUGGAGAGGAAGCAAAAAUGAUUGCGUGGGAGAAUAUGAAGAAAGCAAAAGCAGAAGCAGCAAUACAAAAGCUUGUGCUAUGCUUAUUUCUCGUUUCCAGGAGAAUUUUCAACAGCCUCAGGUCUGGUCCAGGAAAAAUGCAGGUGUUACACAGCACGUCAACUGUGAAUCAUGGUCAACAUAUUUCAGGAGUAUCAAAACAGCGGCACAUCUCAAAUGGGUUAUGGAUGAAUGCUUCAUAUGUCAUACUUUCUAAAGAUAGAGGCUGUGUUUGGUUGAGCUCAAGUGCUUGCCAACCAAACAGGUGAAGCUGCCUUUUCAACUGCUUUCGUAUAGUACAGUUUUGGAAGCACGUUGGAUCCUGUUUUUUGGCUUUUGAUUUUCUACUUUUCGAAAUGGGUGGAUAUAGAAAGCUGCUUCACAGAAGUUUAAAGGGAGAUAGAGGGGUAGAUUUCAUACUUGUUUCACCCAAAUAGUUAACAGCUUAUCAACAACACAUAGUUCCAAGUCUUUCACAACACAUAACUUUUUCACAGCUCAUGGCUAAACCAAACAGGCCCAUAGUUUCAUGACCAGUCAGAUGAAUCCAGAUUUUAUCAUUGAUGAAUAGCAUUCACUACUAUUGUAGUUGCCGAUAUGUCCUUUCAUUUCUGCAUAUAUUUGUUUGCAACGACUGUCCAAAGUUUCUCAUGAUUUACUAUAUAAUAAAAGUAGCAGGGGUUCUGUUCCA